AUGUUCUCUCGUGUAGGCUGGGAUGUCGCAUCGUUCCUCUUCCUAACCCACCAACCCACCUUCUCAUUGCUCUCAUUCUUCUACGGCGUGCGUCCAACUUCGACCCUUGCCUCGUACAUGAUCACCAUCCUCUCGACAGUGAUUCCAUUUGCCAUCCUGCGCCAGCCCGCAUCCGUCCACGAUCUGGCGCGUGCGCCAUCCGGCGCCGUGGCCAACCGGGCUAUUCUCCAGGACCGGGCCACCACCAUCUACACCAUUCUUGCCGCGACCUCGAUCUUCAGCGUCAUUCUCUACAGCAGCUAUGCAACAUGGCUCCCCGCCCAGCUGGUCGUACACUUUGAGAGCCUCCGCGAUAUCAGUGCCGCCCACGCCGGCCCCGCUGGUCUUCCCGUUCUCUUCGUGACGCUCAUUCCUGCUGGCUAUGCCGUGCGCGACUUCCUGUUCGUCAGCUCGACGGGUCACUCCGAGGAUGCGGCCGACAAGGAACAAACUGCCAGCCGCGAGGACGAGUACCUGGUUGUAGAUUGGUACCGCAAGACCUGGUGCCAACUUUCGACAAAGACCCGGAUUCUCGCCUCCCGGACACUCAUCCUUGCUACCUGUGUUCUUCUCAACACGACGGUGCAAAUCGCAGGUACCAUUCAAAAUGUGUCUGUUCAGGGUGCUGCUACCUGGGGCGGUCUCUGGGCUGUCUCGACGCUGGCUAUUGGUGCUACUUUCGGCUGGAUUGAAGCCGUCGACGGCGUAUAA